CAUAGGCCUCCUCGGCUGGCCCUUAUCCGUACACGUCCAUUUAAACCACGCCACGCAAGCACUUUACUUGUUCUUCUUCCUCCAUUCGCAUCCUCCAGCCAUGAACCUAGCAGCUGCCUGCACCUCGAUGGAGGUGAAGGCGAAGCCGGCGAGGGGCGGGAAGAGGACCAGGGCCGGUGUGCCGACGGCAACGGCCCUGAUGGAGAAGAAGGAGUCGGAGAAGGAGAGGCGGCAGCGCAUGAAGGCGCUCUGCGAGAAGCUCACGUCCCUCAUCCCCAAAGAACACAAUCCACACGCUGAUACAAUGACCCAGCAAGGCAGUCUGGAUGUGGCGGCAUCAUACAUCAAGAAGCUCAAGGAAAGGGUCGAUGAGCUACAACGUAAGAAGACCUCUGUGCAAGCCAUGGCUACCUUACGGGGAGUUAGUAGCAUCUCAACGCCCACUACCACCACUACCACAAGCAGUGGUGCGGGGUCACUGGAAGGAGAAAAGUAUUUGGACGCAUCACCCACCAUAGUGGAGGUGCGACAACCUAACGAUUCAAGCAUGGAGGUGAGGCUGAUAUGCAGCACGGAGAAACAGAUCAAGCUCCAUGAGGUGAUCACCAUCCACGAAGAAGAAGGCGCCGACAUCGUCAAUGCCAAUCACUCCGUUGCUGGCCACAAAAUAUUUUACACUAUACACUCCCGGGCCUUUAGCACCAGAAUUGGCAUGGAUGUUUCAAGAAUUACCGAACGACUGAAAGCAUUGGUAUAAUAGUAAAUCAAUUUGUGCAAACACAAAAGCCCACACAGAACUGUAGAAAAUAAAAAUUCAUGGACGGUACAUGAUAUAUAUUUAUUAAAAGACUAUGACCGGGGAUGGAAAUGCCUAAACUUGAUUGCUAGUGCUUCACCAUGUUAAUUUCAAAAUGAGGUCGACGUAUGAAAAAUAUGUUGAUGGAUCUUCGAUCUAUGAUAACGCGCUAUAAUUUAUGGUUACAAUUUUUGUCUAUCACAUCU